UAGCUUUGCGCUUCCGUUAACUACGCUGCAUAGGUAAUAGCGUAAGCAGCGUAUCCUGUCACGUUUUACGUGGCAAAGUAGAAAAUAAUGUAGUAAAAUGUUUCUGAAAAUUAAUCUUCAGGUUGUAACACGUUGUGGACAAGUUGGAUUAAAUGUACUUAUCUGCUUGUUUUGAUUAAAGCAAAACAAGGAACCAGAAAGCAUAAAGAGAAAGGAGUAUGUAACAUCAUAAUUGGUGGUUGUUUUCACGGAAGUCUGGGCUGCUUGCUGCUAAAGUGGCCUUUAUACACUCCAUGGACAUGGCGCCUAAGCACGAUUUACGUCCUCUUUGUGGCUGCAAAGGAAUUCGGUCGUGUCUGUUAUGUGAAGCACAAAAUAGCAUAGAAAGACCGGAGUUCAAAAAGGAAAAAUAUCACUUCAUUUACAACCCUUUAACAAAACUGGCUAUUGGAAAGCAUCAAGAACUUUCUAGAUGGGCUUUUUCUUUUCCGGGUGUGUUCCUUUUGGAAGAAUUUGUGAGUGUGGAUGAAGAAUCGGAGCUAGUGACACUAAUGGAUGACAGUGAGUGGAAGCCAUCACAGUCUGGCCGGAGGAAACAGGAUUAUGGUCCAAAGGUCAACUUUAAAAAACAAAAGGUACGGAUUGGGAACUACUCUGGUUUGCCUUCAUUUAGCCAGAAGCUGUUUGACCGAAUGAAAAAGUACAUGAUUUUAGAAGACUUUCUGCCAGUUGAGCAGUGUAACUUGGACUAUAAUCCAGAGCGUGGUUCUGCCAUUGUCCCUCACUUUGAUGAUUCCUGGCUUUGGGGAGAACGUUUGGUUAGUGUCAACCUUCUUUCAGAAACAGUACUGACCAUGUCUUCUGAUUCUGAAAAUACACUUCCUUUAUUCCCUGUCUGUGAUCCAAAUGAAAUAAAUUCAGCGGUACAGAAGUGCACUGAUAAAUGUCUUGGGGAUGAGCGAGAGGGGGUUUCCAACAGACUUUCUUUUAGAGAUGUGGAUGUUGCCAUACACCUGCCAAGAUGCUCUCUGGUUGUGCUUUAUGGACAGGCACGUUAUGACUGGAAACAUGCAAUUCAUCGUGAGCAUAUUGGGUCUAGGAGGAUCUGCAGUACUUUCAGGGAACUGUCAGCAGAAUUUAGCUCCAGUGGGAAGCUGGAAACCCUAGGGAAAGAGCUACGAGAUAUUGCUUUGCAAUUCCAAGGGGCUCCUGUAUGACUCAAGACCUAUGCUUAAACACUGAAACAGUUUAAUAUGUAACCUUCCACCACACCUCUCCAACCUCCUCCCAGAAAGUGGGUGUGUCAUGCAAAAAGAUGUCUCAAAAGUGCAGUUUAGAGGUCUCAGCUGCACAGGGAUUGCUGUACUUAACAGAAAAAUGGAGGUGUCUGUAUGACUGUGGACUGCUGGUACUUAAGGUUCUGUUCAGAAUUAUCUAAAUGUCCGCUGUGGAUAAAAAGGAAAAUGGUUAGGUUGAACUGGAAGGGGUCUUCCUUCUAUGGUCUGUGAGUUUUAAGUUAUGUAACAUGAAAAUGUUUUUUAAUGUUUGUGCAUACUAAAGGAUGUGUAUUAGUAUACUUAAAAUGAUAAUAAAGCAGAACUUGUGUUUUUCUUCA